AUGGCGCGCAGGAACUGCGUGCCCGUCAUCUGCCACCUAGACCUCGACUGCUUCUACUGCCAGGUGGAGCACCGCCGCCUGGGCAUUCCGCGAGACCAGCCCUUAGCCGUGCAGCAGUGGGACAACGUCAUAGCUGUGAACUACCCCGCGAGGGCUUGCGGCGUCAAAAGGGGCCAAAGAGUCGAAGCUGUGAAGGCCCUUUGCCCCCAAAUAAAGUUAGUGCAUGUGCAAACCCUAGCUGCUGCUGGGGGGGCCGGCGGGCGCGAGCCUAACUGGAGGGCGGAGAAAGUGACUCUGCAGCGUUACCGGGACGCCUCUGCGGAGGUGUUUUCUCUGCUGCUCGACCACUGCCACUCCGUAGAGAAGGCCUCCAUAGAUGAAGUUUAUAUGGACUUGACUUUGCAUGCAGCAGCAAUUAUUCUUUCCCUAGUAAACGAGGGGCCCCCCUCAGACGGCGAGGGUUCGGGGGGCCCCCCGGGGGGCCCCUCGGGGGGCCCCCCGGGGGCCCCCUCCGCAGCGGGGGCCCCUCCAGGGGGGCCCCCGAAAGGGUCAAAGAGGGCAGCAUCAGCCUCUCCUCUGGGGCCCCCCUCAAGCCCAUUAGCCUCACGGGGGCCCCCCCGGGGCCCCCAAGUAGGGCCCCCAGAGGGGCCCCCAGAGGGGCCCCCAGAGGGGCCCCCCGGGGGGCCCCCAGAGGGUCCCAGGGAGAGCCAGGGGGGCCCCCCUGUUGGCCUGGAGCCGCUGCCCUGUGCGGGCCAGUGGGGCCCCCAGCAGCAAACGCCAGGGGGCCCCCCAAGUCCCAACUGCAGCAGAGAAGAGCUGCCUAGGGGGCCCCGGGGGCCCCGGGGGCCCCCAGAAGGGCCCCCCGGAUCCUCCCCUGGCGGGGCCCUUGGGGGCCCCCACGGGGGCCCCUCCGAGGGUUCAGCGGGGGCUUCUCCGGGAGAGCCCCCUGGAGACCCUUGUGGGGCCCCUUCUGGGAAGGGGCCCCCUGGAGGCCCCCGGGGGGCCCCCCGGGGGGCCCCUGAGGUGGGUUUUGAACCCUUGAGGGACACUUCAGUGCUGCCUUCUUUGGAGCAGCAGCAGCUGCUGCUGCCGAGUCUGCGGCGGCGGCUGCUGCGGCGGUUUGGCCUCAGCAACCCCCAAGUCCUCAGAGCCACUGCAGCAGCAGCACGCAGAAGGCCCCCCCAGCUGGUCAGCAGCAGCCAGCAGCAGCAGCAGCAGCAGCACCAGCAGCAGCAGCAGCAGCAGCAGCAGCAGCAGCAGCAGCAGCAGCAGCAGCAGCAGGAGAGCGCUGCAGCUUCAAGCCCGCCCCAAGGCACCUCGCAGCCCCCAGGGGGCCCCCAGGGGCCCCCCUUGGGGGCCCCUCAGGGGCCCCCCGUGGCUGCUUGUGGGGCUGGGGCUGCCCCAG